AUGGCAAACAAGGCCUUCGGUUGGGCAGCUAAAGAUACUUCUGGUGUUCUUUCUCCUUUCAGUUUUUCCAGAAGGGAAACAAAUGAUAAGGAUGUGGCAUUCAAGGUGCUGUAUUGUGGGAUAUGUCACACAGAUCUCCAUAUGGCAAAAAAUGAAUGGGGCAUGACCUCCUAUCCACUUGUUCCUGGGCAUGAGAUUGUUGGUAUUGUGACAAAGGUGGGAAGCAAAGUAGAAAAGUUCAAAGUUGGAGACAAAGUGGGCGUGGGCUUUGUGGUUGAUUCAUGCCGAGCUUGUGAAAACUGUGAGAAAAACCUUGAGAAUUACUGCCCUAAAUACACUCCCACAAGUGGUGCAACCUCACCCGGUGGCUACUCCGACUCAAUGGUUGCAGACGAGCGCUUCGUGGUUCGUAUUCCUGAUGAACUACCUCUUGAUUCUGCUGCACCUCUCCUUUGUGCUGGUAUCACUGUCUAUAGUCCUCUUAGAUAUUACGGACUCGACAAACCUGGCCUGAAAAUAGGUGUUGUUGGGCUUGGUGGGCUUGGUCACAUGGCUGUUAAAUUCGCGAAAGCUUUUGGUGCUAAUGUGACUGUAAUUAGUACAUCUCCUAGCAAGGAAAAGGAAGCAUUAGAACACUUGGGAGCUGACUCAUUUCUGAUAAGUCGAGACCACGAAAAGUUGCAGGCUGCAACGGGUACUUUAGAUGGUAUCAUUGAUACAGUUUCGGCUAAUCAUCCUGUCGUACCACUGAUUGGAUUACUGAAGUCUCAUGGAAAACUCAUAAUGGUUGGUGCACCCGAUAAACCUUUGGAAAUUCCUAUUUUUCCUUUACUUUUGGGGAGAAAGUUGGUUGGUGGAAGUGCGAUUGGAGGGUUGAAGGAAACUCAAGAGAUGGUUGAUUUUGCUGCUAAACACAAUGUGAAACCCGACGUUGAAAUUGUUCCUGUGGAUUAUGUUAACUCCGCAUUUGAGCGGCUCCUCAAAGGAGAUGUCAAAUAUCGAUUUGUAAUUGACAUUGGAAACACUUUGAAACCAAGUUCUUAA